UUACCUUUCUCUAUGACUCGUACUUGCUCAGUGUCUGUGACUAUGGCGGCUGCUCUGUUGUCAAAUAAUUUUUUUACAAAAUUAUUAAAAAAUCGUGCAAAACAUUUAUCAUUAGCCACUAAUUAUCGAAAUAUAAUUUAUAGUAAACCAAAUUUAAUUUGUAAGCAAUGCGCGGUUACAAGCUACUUCAGGCAUUACUCCUCGAACCAACAAAACAGUUCUGUAAGCGGAGAUACGGCUAAAAAUGUUCUUGCUGCAGUGUUGGCAAACAAACCUAAGACUGGAAAAAUACCAGUUGGUAUCCAAAAACGGGACUGCUUUCACCCAGGUGCCUCUGUUUUGUCUCGUGAAGAUAUAAACCUGGGGGAUGUGAAGCCAGUGUCGGGAGCUGAUAUGAUUAGGGGCAUGCUGGCGUAUAUAUGGCCAAAGGAUAAUGAGAUGAUCAGGAAACGCGUGCUGCUAUCUCUCUCCCUCUUGUUUGGCGCGAAAGUCAUAAACGUUAGCGUCCCCUUCCUGUUCAAAUACGCCGUGGAUGAGGUGAAUCAAGCGACGAUGACACCAGCAGGAGAUGCUUUGUUGGGCAUGGCAACAGUUCCACAAGCAUUAGGCACGGCUGCAUUUAGUUUAUUAAUCGGAUAUGGCAUAGCGCGAGCCACAGCAGCCGGUUUCAAUGAGCUACGCAAUGCAGUAUUCGCCACUGUGGCUCAGCACUCCAUAAGGAGAUUGGCUUGCAACGUAUUCACGCAUUUACAUAAACUCGACUUGAGCUUCCAUUUGGCGCGGCAGACGGGAGCAUUGUCUAAGACCAUAGACAGGGGAUCGCGCGCCAUAAACUUCGUCCUGUCAGCGAUGGUGUUCAACAUAGUGCCAACAGCGUUCGAACUAGUCUUGGUUUCGACAAUUCUGGGCUUAAAAGGAGGAAUGGCGUUUGCGGGUCUAGCGUUUAGUUGCGUAGGCGUAUACGCGGCUUUCACACUAGCAGUAACACAGUGGCGGACCAAAUUCAGGGUCCACAUGAACAAAGCAGAGAACGAAGCCGGCAACAAGGCCAUAGACUCACUCAUCAACUACGAGACCGUCAAGUACUUCAACAACGAGAAAUACGAGCUAGAAAAGUACGACGCUAGUCUGAAGAAAUACGAGUACGCUUCUUUAAAAACUGCCUCAAGUCUGGCGUUGCUCAACUUCGGCCAACACGCUAUAUUCAGCGCUGGACUCAGCAUGAUAAUGAUACUGGCCGCCCAAGAGAUCGCUAAAGGCAAUAUGUCCGUCGGCGACCUGGUGAUGGUGAACGGGCUGCUGUUCCAGCUGUCCGUGCCGCUGGGGUUCCUGGGCUCCGUGUACCGCGAGGUGCGGCAGGCGCUCGUAGACAUGCACACCAUGUUCACGCUCAUGGCCGCGCAGCCCCGGGUCCCGGAGAUAGACAAAGCGCCUCCCCUAAUGGUGGACACGAAGAAUUCAACCAUAGAGUUCAGGAACGUGAACUUUAAGUACAUCAAUGGAAAGCCGAUUUUCAAUAAUUUGAAUCUGACUAUACCCGCGGGAAAGAAGAUCGGCAUUGUAGGCGGUUCUGGCAGUGGGAAAUCAACGUUGGUGCGUCUGUUGUUCCGUUUCUUUGAGCCGCAGUCCGGUGAGAUUCUGGUCGGCGGACAGAAUAUUAAGGAAGUAGACAUGGCCAGCCUGAGGAGAGCUAUCGCUAUCGUUCCACAGGAUUGCGUACUGUUCCACGACACGAUAUAUCACAAUCUGCAUUACGGCGACCUGUCCAAAUCCCCCGAACAUGUUUACAACGCGAGCAAGAUGGCCGAAUUGGACGAGUCAGUCAGGACUUGGCCAAAGGGUUACGACACUCAAGUAGGAGAACGCGGUCUGAAGCUAUCCGGCGGUGAGAAACAACGGGUGGCCAUAGCUCGCGCCAUUCUCAAGGAUUCUCCUAUUAUUGUAUUUGACGAAGCUACCUCCAGUUUGGACUCUAUUACUGAGCACGCGAUAUUGCAGGCCCUCCGCGCUGCGACAAUAGGCAGAACCUCUAUAUGUAUAGCGCACCGCCUCUCCACUGUCGCCGAUGCCGACGAAAUAUUCGUACUUGAACGGGGCAACGUCACCGAGAGCGGAACCCACGACCAGUUGCUACGGAACCCUAGCUCCCUCUACUACAAGCUGUGGGAGAAGCAGAACCGAGACGUGCCGCUGCCUAAGUGAAUUAUUGAGUGAAGAAAUUUAAGAAAUUCAUCAUCGACAAUGGAAUCCUUGACCAACUACUGCGGAAUCC